CCGGCCCGGGCCUCCAUGAUGGAGGAGCGAGCGGCCGCCGCGGUCGCCGCCGCCGCCGCCUCCUGCCGCCCGCUCGGCCCCGCCGCGGGUCCCGGCCCCACGGGGGCGGCUCCCCUCGCCGCGCCGGCCCCCGGCCCCGGCCCCGGCCCUGGCCCCGGCCCCGGCCCCGGCCCGGCCGUCAAAAGCGGCGGCGGCGGCGGCGGCGGUGGCAGCAGCCCCGGGCCCCCGGCGGGGCCCGAGCCCCUGAGCCUGCCCGGGAUCCUCCACUUUAUCCAGCACGAGUGGGCGCGCUUCGAGUCCGAGAAGGCCCGCUGGGAGGCCGAGCGCGCCGAGCUGCAGGCUCAGGUCGCCUUCCUGCAGGGGGAGAGGAAGGGGCAGGAGAACCUGAAGACAGACCUGGUGCGGCGGAUCAAGAUGCUGGAGUAUGCGCUGAAACAGGAGAGGGCCAAAUACCACAAACUGAAGUUUGGGACUGACCUGAACCAGGGGGAGAAGAAGCCGGAGCUCUCGGAGCCAGUCUCCAAUGGCCCUGUGGAGUCCGUCACUCUGGAAAACAGCCCGCUGGUGUGGAAGGAGGGGCGGCAGCUCCUGCGACAGUACCUAGAGGAGGUGGGCUACGCUGACACCAUCCUGGACAUGCGCUGCAAGCGAGUACGCUCCCUGCUGGGCCGCACCCCAGAGCUCACUGAAGGGGGCCCCCGAGCCACACCUGACCCUGGGGGGCUGAGUGGCGGGGAGUCCCUGCUGGUGAAACAGAUCGAGGAGCAGAUCAAGAGGAACGCGGCGGGCAAGGACGGCAGGGAGCGCAGGGCCGGCUCAGUGCUGGAGCAGGUCCCCUUCCUGCAGAGCUGCGAGGACGAGGACAGCGACGAGGAUGAUGAGCUGGACAGUGGACAGCACAAGAAACAGCGCGUGAAGCUGCCGUCUAAGGCCUUGGUGCCCGAGAUGGAGGAUGAGGAUGAGGAGGACGACUCGGAGGACGCCAUCAAUGAAUUUGACUUCCUGGGCUCCGGAGAGGAUGGAGAGGGCCCGGCCGACCCGCGGCGCUGUACAGGGGACGGCAGCCACCAUGAGCUGGAAAGCCGGCGGGUCAAACUCCAGGGGAUUCUGGCCGACCUGCGGGAUGUGGAUGGACUGCCCCCCAAAGUGACGGGCCCGCCCCCCGGCACGCCCCAACCCCGGCCGCACGAAGGGUGCUUUGGCUUCUCCCCAGACGUCUUCAUCAUGGACACUAUCGGGGGCGGGGAGGUGAGCCUGGGGGACUUGGCGGAUCUCACCGUCAGCAACGACAACGACCUCAGCUGUGAUCUGUCCGACAGCAAAGACGCCUUUAAGAAGACCUGGAACCCCAAGUUCACGCUGCGCUCACACUACGAUGGCAUCCGCGCACUGGCCUUCCACCACAGCCAGUCAGCGCUGCUUACGGCCUCCGAGGACGGCACACUCAAGCUCUGGAACCUGCAGAAGGCGGCCGCUGCCAAGAAGAAUGCCGCGCUGGACGUGGAGCCCAUCCAUGCCUUCCGGGCCCACAGGGGCCCGGUGCUGGCCGUGACCAUGGGCAGCGGCAGUGAGUGCUGUUACAGCGGAGGUGCUGACGCCUGCAUCCGCAGCUGGAAGAUUCCAGACCUCAACAUGGAUCCCUACGAUGGCUAUGACCCCAGUGUGCUGAGCCAUGUCCUGGAGGGCCAUGGGGACGCUGUGUGGGGUCUGGCAUUCAGUGGCGCCUCCCAGCGCCUGGCAUCCUGCUCCGCCGACGGCACCGUCCGCAUCUGGGACCCCAGUGGGAACAGCCCCUCCUGCCUCUGCACCUUCCCCGCAGCCAGUGACCACGGCACCCCCACCUCAGUGGCCUUCGCCAGCACCCAGCCUGCCCAUGUCGUGGCGUCUUUCCGCUCGGGCGAUGCCGUGCUCUAUGACCUGGAGUCAGCCAGUGCCCUGCUCACGCUCGAGUCCCGUGGCAGCAGUGGCCCGAUGCAGAUCAAUCAAGUGGUAAGUCACCCCAGCGAGCCCCUCACCAUCACCGCCCAUGAUGACAGAGGCAUCCGCUUCCUGGACAACCGGACCGGGAAAGCUGUCCACUCCAUGGUGGCCCACCUGGAUGCUGUCAGCUGCCUGGCCGUGGACCCCAAUGGCGUGUUCCUGCUGUCGGGGAGCCACGACUGCUCCCUGCGCCUAUGGAGUCUGGACAACAAGACGUGUGUGCAGGAGAUCACAGCACACCGCAAGAAGCAUGAGGAAGCCAUCCACGCUGUGGCCUGCCACCCCAGCAAGGCCCUCAUCGCCAGCGCGGGCGCCGAUGCCCUGGCCAAGGUCUUCAUCUGAUGACUGCCCGGCCCUGCCCUGGCCGCCAGGCAGGCUGCUGGCCGGGGAGCAGGGCCGGGCCAGGGGCCUGAGGUGACUCCCAGCUUCCGUGUGCCAGCCUGGGCCUGGAGGUGCUAAGGGCCAAUCCCCCAGGUCUGCCCUUCUCCAGCAAGAAUCCUGGGAGUUUCCUGUCUGUGCUACCCUGACUCCCGGGCUCUGAGCUGCCUUCCCGGGGCAGCACAGCCAAGGCUGGGCGUCCUUGGGAAUCUAUCAGCUUUUCCAAGACGCCAGAAGGUGCCAGUUUCUCUUUGAACCCCAACUCUCCUCCACGCUCUCGGACCUGGGUGGGAGCUGUGCUGGGCAGAGCCCCAGAUGCCUGCUUGGGACCCAGUGGGGAGCCACGGAGCCAGCCGGGUGUAAGGUGGGCUCGUCGCUGGGCAUCCCUCCGCCCCUCCACGCAGCUUUCUUGACACUACCCGGUGCCUCCGGGCCAGCAGCUGCCGGGGGAGCGGCCAAUGCUCAGGGGGGCACCACCCCAGUUCCCCCAGGGCAUAGAGGGUGGAGUGGGGUCCCAGGCCCCUGCCUCCCUGUAUAUCUGUAUAAAUAAACGGGAUUUUAAUGGAGCCCCCUCCCCCAUGUUAUCACUGUGUGAUAGUCCGUCCUUUCCUGGCCUCCACUCUGCCUCUAUUUAUUUCAUUCUUUCGGGGUUCCGCCUUGUGCCCUUGGGCCCCCUUCCUGGUUCCUGUUUAUAAGCCCCAGCCCCUGGAUUGUACGUGAAACUUGUCUCAAUAAACCCUUUGGAGUAA